AUGACUGAUUGGCCGUUAUCUUCGGAGGGGCAUUCCACUCGCCGCCGUGCGGUGGAUUUAGAGGUCUGGAAGCUGCGUCCCAAUGCUGAACUUAGCACUCAGCUUAAGCUGUGGGGCAAUGCAGCUAUGGCGCGUGGCCGGCCGGCGGCUGCUGCAUCGCUGUACACAGCUGGAACACUGCUGCUUCCAAGCAGCAACAACGCCAACACCCCAAGCAGCAACAGUCUGUUUGCGGUGCUGUCCGCAAAUGCAAGCCUUGCGCUGCUACGGCUUAAACGGGUCAGACGAGCCCUACGAACUGCGACGGAGGCCGUUGCGGCAGACCCAAUGUACCGCAAGGCAUGGCACCGUCGUGCUGCAGCUUUGGUUCACUUGCGAGAAGGAGUAGAGCGCUAUUUCGUACCUCUCGGCAGCAACAGCAGCGACAGAAGCAGUAGCAGCGGAAGCAAAACUAGUCACAAUACGAAUUACUGCACUGCAGCAGCGCGUGCUUGUUUGCAGCAGAUCGAUAGAGAUAUCGCUGAGGCGCAGAUGAUGUCCCAGGGGCAGGCGAACGCUUCUGAAGCAGCUACUGCAGCUCGUCGCAUGAUUGUUGGUUGUUGCGGUUGUGGCUGCAGUGCAGCUCCCCGCCCUUCGCCCGAGGGCAGUGACCCUUUGUCUCAUUCUCCAAACAUUUGGCUUAGGAGAGACGUAAGCGCACAACUGGGCACGAAAGGUUGGAGUUUGGUGACAGCUAACGAUGCGCCUUCUCGACUUGAAAAUGAUCCCUGCUUGGUCUUGGAAGAAGAAGCGCUUGCAGUGUACGUACACCCAGACCUCUGUACAGCUGUUCCGAAGAUCCCCUUCUUGCUUCCCUCACACUACAAGUUUGCCACUGCACAAAGCCCAGCACAAAGCGCAGAGGGCAUGAAGCUCCAUGCAGAUGCUAUUGUCCGCGAUGCGUGGGAGCAGCGCGUCGAGGAGGGUGCCGCGGGCAAGAAAGAGAGUGAAGAAAGAGAAGGGACCUGCCUUGAACUCAAGGACGAGACAGAGGGGAUCUGCGCAGGCUGCGCGACGGUACCGGCUCGUGAGCAGGGAGCUGCAAGUGAAUGCCACCUGCAGGAGUUCGACACCUGGAACAGUGCAUUGAGCCAUUUCCUAUAUCCAACCCUUCCCGUGGUGCCCUGUGGCUCCUGCACGGCUGCUCUGUUUUGCUGCCACGGGUGCAGAGCGGCUUCCUCUCACAAGCGUAGUUGCCGCUUGCAGCAACAGCAACAGGUCCAGCAGCAAGAGGUCAGUGGGAUGGAAGUCUGUGGAGGACGCAGUGACAAUUUAAGAGGAACGGGGGGAACUGCAGCAGCAAGUGUGGCAGAUGCGCUAUUGCAACCUUUAGCACUGGCGCUGCCAGAUUCUCAUCGUUGCAUUGCGCGCCAGCUAUUGGCUUCCCUGUUGCCACCAACAGCGGCCUCAAAUGAACUAACAGAGGAAAGUGGCUCGACGGCAUUUGCCAAAACCCCAGUUCAGACUGCAGUAGAGUUGAGUAAUGCCCCCAAUUCCGCAGGACUAAGUAUGAUCGGAGAGCCACCAUGGCGCCAAUUAGUCGUGAGGGCUUCAUCUGUUGUCGUGGACAGCACUAGGGUGGCGGACUGGCUGCUGAAUGCUGCCUGGCUGGCUGGCGAAGCCGCAACAUCUGGCCGAGGUCUGCUUUGCGGCGCCCGUUGUCUCAUCUGUAGACCUGCCGGAAGGGAAGAAGCUUCACCUUCGGAUUCAGCAUUCGCUGCUGCAGCAAGUGCAGCAAAAGGUUCCACACGGCAUUUAGAUGAGACAGAUGCAAGGCACCUUUGCGGUUGCUGCUGCGCGUGCUGCCGGCUUUGGUGCCCGAAGUGCUCUGUUCGUUCGUUAGCCAUGCAAGACAGUGGCGGUUUGUCGCGUCGUGGUGUACCCUUUCCUAGGUGCCUCUUCUCGGCGGCGCUCCACGCCUAUGGUGUAGCUUGCUGCAAUAGCUUCACAAUUCGUGUUCUUUGUGAUCCUGAAGAGGAGGCAAUCAAAGCUGGCACUGCUGUGUUCCUCGUGGCCUCUCUGCUUAACCAUUCAUGUGCCCCUAAUGCUAUAACGGCAUUUGGCGAGCCUAGAAUCCAGUUGCAGCACCAGCAACAGCGACACCCGAAGCAGCUGUGCCAACAUAAGCGCGAGGGAGAUGCUGAUUCUACUGCGGCGCAAUAUGCUAAUUUAAUUCCAAGCCCUCGUGGUGUUGGGCGGGGGGCGCUCCUACAGGUCCGGCUAUGUGCCCCACAUAAUCGGGGAGGCAGUGACCGCCUACAAGAGCUUUGCAUUUCUUACGGUCCGGUUGUAGGGCUGCCGAAGAGCUCCUGGGGCUUCCGUCAAGACUGGCUGCUCAAGCAUGCUGGAUUUUUUUGUCGCUGCGAAGUAGGUGUGCACUUCCUGCCCUCCGACCCUGUGUCCCCGUGCUCAUUUCUGCAGCAGCGAGGGUCGAAACGCGCUUUCUAG